AGUCGAGAGUGUUCAAGUCAAGUCGGAGCGAUUGCAGGCGCAAUGAAGUCACGUUUUGUGAUCGACGUCGCGCCUCGAUCGAAGGCACGGUGCUGCCUCGUCUUGGAUCAAUCCUCCUCCUUGCUCUUCAUACACACACACACACACACACACACACACACACAUUCUCUCUCUCUCUCUCUCUCUCUCUCUCUCUCUCUCUCUCUCUCUCUCUCUCUCUCUCUCUCUCUCUCUCUCUCUCUCUCUCUCUCUCUCUCACAUCGCGGUGACGCCCCCUCCCCCGCUCUGACUCUUCGCAGCACCACCAAUCGUGCACGCACCGAUCCGACAUCCGGCGAGCGAGCAACCAACCCAACGGCAGCCUCUUGGUCCAAAUCGCAGCAUGUCCAGCUCAGCUCCGCACGUCGUGGCCGGACCAUCCAUACCAGCCGAUUCACAAUUGCCAGACAUCAGUCACCUGAGUCGCGCUGAGCUGCAACAAUUGCUAGGCUCCACGCACAAUGGUCAAUCCAAUGACGAUGCGUUUCAUAGCUGGGUAGCGCGCAACGUUCCAGCUCUCAAAGCUGCGCAGCAAGAAGAAGAAGCCUUGCUUCGUCGAGCUGAAGAGUUGGCUGAGAUCAACAUGCAGUUAAAACCCGAGCUCGAAGGAUUGAGAAGAGAAACCAAAGAGUACUUUGAUGAGGCUAGAAAGCUGGAGUUGGAAUGGCCAGAGCUGGAAAGGAGGCAAAGGGAAGCUUACAAGAGGUUUGCACCUUCAUCUCUCUUGGCCCUCCUCACCCAAUCCACUUCCAAACUGCACGACGAAUCGGAAUCGCUGGCGGGCGCAUUUGUGGAAGGCCUGCCUCUCGACGCUGCUCUGGACGCCUCUUUGAGCUCGACGACUCUCACGCCUGCGAACAGAAACGAAGAUCCAGGGACUGCUUUUGUCAGGAGAUACCGACAGCUUAGAGCUACCUAUCAUCGUCAGAACAUUGUUGCAGAGCGCUGGACCAGAGGUACCGUGGUGUGGAGGGACGAAUGAAUGCUCGUCGAAGGUCAUCAUUAUAGCGAUGUCGAGGAAAGGGGGACGCAUCAGCCCGACAGCGCCAGCAAGACGUGCUUCGGGAAUAUAGGCCGUGCUGACUGGGCUAGCUGGGCGAUGAGGGUGCUGUG